AUGUCUAAUCAGAAAGAAAAAGUACCUUCCCUAGCAACAAAAACAGUUCGCGUGGUAUUUGCUGCACUGCUGUUAGAUAUCUUGGCUUUUACUAUCAUUCUUCCACUUUUCCCCAGAUUAUUGCAGGACUACCGAGAAAGAGAGCAGGGUGAUGAGACCACAUUGUUAAGUUUAUUCCUCCAUCAAAUACAACUUUUUAGGACAUUCACUGGAGGAGGGAUCAAUCCUAAAUGGGAUUUAGUACUUCUCGGGGGUGCCUUAGGAUCUCUGUAUUCUUUCUUGCAAUUUGUAGCAUCACCAGUUAUAGGAACUUUUUCAGAUAAAUAUGGGAGGAGGAAUACAUUAUUAGUUACCAUGAUCGGAAAUAUACUAUCGACAUUUAUAUGGCUUUUCUCCAAAUCAUUUGGAUGGUUUGUAUUAUCACGGGUGGUGGGGGGAUUAAGCGAAGGUAAUGUACAAUUGUCUGUUGCGAUAGUCUCAGACGUGACGACGAAAGAAACUAGAUCAAAAGGAUUGGCAUUAGUAGGAAUAGCUUUUGCCGUGUCUUUCACGAUUGGUCCUGCCCUCGGUGCUUUUUUUGCUUCAGUAGAUCUGUCCAAUACUUUUCCACAACUUGUUGAAUGGGGGUUGAACCCUUAUUCAAUGCCGGCACUGGUUGCCCUUCUUUUACUUUGUGUAGAAACAUUAUACUUGUACCUGUUUUUGCCAGAAACAGUUAAGACCUCCAAAGAAAGUUCUGCCGAUUCUGAUCUCAGCUCAAACACCCUUCAGAGCAGUUCAAUGAAACAGCGUCUGAAAAACUUAACUAUAUUGAGUUGGAUUCACCUUGUGUAUCUCUUUAUCUUUUCGGGAAUGGAAUUCACUCUUACGUUCCUAACGUUUGACCUAUUUGAUUUCACCAAUAUGCAAAAUGGUAAAUUACUGGGAUAUAUAGGAAUAUUAUCGGCCAUAAUUCAAGGUGGAUAUGUUAGGCGUGUGGCGCAUAAAGUAGGAGAGAAAAAGCUUGUUGUUCAAGGUGUACUAUCCUGUGCGAUCUCUUUGUCAAUUAUAGCUUCACUAACCAGUCUACCCAACGGAAUCUUAUGGCUUUAUGUUGGUGCAACUUUUCUAUCAUUUACAUCAGCCACUGUGGUAAAUUGUUUAACGUCCAUAGCUUCAAUGCAAUGUGAUGGUGAUGGUGAUGGUGAUGAAUGGCGGGACGGUGCUUUAAAACAGGUUACACCUGAGAACGAUGAUAUUUUAAAAAAAUCGAAGGAUGCCGGCGGUGAAAUAGCUAGAGGAAAAGCAUUGGGGAAUUUCAGAUCAUUUGGACAAUUGGGUCGCGCGUCAGGGCCUAUUGCUGCGUGUGGACUUUACUGGAUGACUGGUUCCGAAAAGUGUUAUGGAUUGGGUGCCUUGUCUAUGUUAAUUAUAUUUAUAAUAGUAAUUCUUAAAAUUCCGUUUGUUCAGAAAGCAAGACCGAAAAAAGAGUGA